AUGUCAAGUUACCGGACAUGCCAUUCACCCGAUGAUAGUCCAAGUGAAGAUGAAUACGAGGAAUUUCAUGUACGAAGAGAACUGGAAUCACUUUGCGAAGAGGAGGCCUAUCAAACAGCAUACAGCAUCUAUCAAGGAGAGGAAUUUACGAAUGUCAAAAGGCGGAGAUGCCACGCGAGCGAUUUUCAAACCUUCCUCCUAGCUGUAAUUGUCGGACUGGCUGCAAUCUUGGUCGUGCUGGUAUUCUUGGAUCCGCUGAAAACCAACAAGGGCCGAAGAAAAAUGGCGUUCGAACAUGGCCUCCGAAAAACCUUGUCUGCGAUCGAGUUGCCACCCAGAAAGAGAUUGGCGACGACGACGCUAUCGCACUGGCUUCAUAAAUCUCCAGAAGAACCGCUGGUCUUGGUUCUCUACUCAUCAACCUCGAAGGGAUCACACUUGUUCUCGUCGAUUCGAACCCAUGCGACGGUCAGUCUCGGAGCGCUGCCCUCAUUCAAGGUAACGGCGUCUACCACGCGGAUGGACCUGCAUAAAUACUUUACAAAGGUUUCCGAACAACCAUUCCGACUGGCCGUGCUCGAGAAUAUAUCGGAUCUUCGAGACGAUUCACCAUUGGCAUUGCAUGGGUGGUUCGAUGAUCAAUAUGUUAUCGGAAACGGCUUCUAUGUGCUAAUUUACAUUCACGGCUCGGAGGACUUCUCAAAAUCGUGUGAAGAGGACGUCGUCAAAUACAUUUCGAAACGAUGGGAGGCUAACAUUUAUAAGAACGUCACCGUGGACGCAAUUUUGCAUAGUCGUAUCGACCAUUACCUCUGUCUU